AAGAACAAAAAAAAAAAGUGCCAUUCUCAAUAUGGCGGCGUUGUAUAAUUGACAAGGAACGUGCCUUUCGUAAGAUGGCGUCGCUGUGUUAUUGACCGGGGAGCGUUUGUGAGUGUAUUGCAAUGGCUUUGACUGUGUUAAGAGGACUAAUGAAGAGGGAUUUCUCCAGAGCAGCAAUAGGACUGCGCAAAAUGGCAUCCGAGGCAGAGAGUUCCAAAUAUCAGUAUGAGUCACUGAAAGUCGCUCUGGUGCCAAACCACAUAAUUCAUGUGGAGAUAAAUCGACCAGAAAAAAGGAACGCCAUGAACAAGGCAUUCUGGAGGGAGAUGGUUCUCUGCUUCCAAGCUAUUUCUGAAGAUGCCAGUUGCCGAGCUGUUGUCAUAUCUGGAGCUGGGAAAAUGUUUACUUCUGGAAUUGAUCUAUUUGACUUGGGGAGUGACUUUCUACAACAGCAAGAAGAUGACCCAGCACGAAUAGCCUGGAACAUACGUAAGAAGAUCUCUGACUACCAGGAGACUUUCUCAGUCAUUGAAAAGUGCACUAAGCCAGUGAUUGCUGCCGUGCAUAGUGCCUGCAUUGGAGGAGGAGUUGACCUUAUUUCUGCUUGUGAUAUUCGUUAUUGUACCCAGGAUGCUUGGUUUCAAGUCAAGGAGGUGGAUCUGGGUCUAGCUGCCGAUGUUGGAACACUGCAACGUCUGCCUAAAGUCAUAGGGAGUCGAAGUCUUGUGAAUGAACUGGCCUUCACUGCAAGAAAGAUGAUGUCAGAGGAAGCCAAAACUUGUGGCCUGGUCAGCCGUGUAUUCCCAGAUAAGGCUUCACUUCUCAGUGCUGCAUUUGAAUUAGCCUCUGAGAUUGCCAGUAAGAGUCCUGUUGCUGUGCAGGGAACCAAAGUGAAUUUGGUGUAUGCCCGUGACCACUCUGUACAAGAGAGUCUGGAUUUCAUGGCAACUUGGAACAUGAGCAUGUUGCAAUCUCAGGAUCUUCUAAAAUCUGCCCAGGCUGCCAUGGAGAAAAAGACCCCAAAAGAUGUGGUGUUUUCUAAGUUGUAGAGUCGAGACCAGCACUUCCUGGUUAAGGAUCACACAGAUACACAAUCCUAAAGGCAGACUAAUCAAUACAUACUCUAAAUACUGCUAGAACUCCUGACAGAUAGAAAAGGGAUUAUAAAAUAGAUUUAUAUAGGACAGAAACAACAAACCAAAUGUACAAUAGAUUAGGUGGAAACCUAAUCAGAAAGGAAACCAUAACAAUCAGCAGAUAAGGAACCUGGUAGAGGAGAGAGAAGGACCUUGCACGACUGUCUGAAAAGAAAAUCACUCAGUCUGUUCAAAUUUUUCCUAUUUUAUUGAUUUAAAUAAAUGAAGGGGGAACUGCUAAAUGAAGGUAUCCGAGUGGUGUGUAUGCAUUUUAAUAAGCAAUUUUUAUAUACUGUAAAUCUUGUAAUAAUAUGCAGCACUAUGUACAGAUCAAUUCAAGAAGAAUAAUUCCCUGCUCCACAGAGCUUGUAGGUGCCUGCAGCAUGGGGCAUUCAACUAAAUUACAGGGGAAAUGGGCUUUGCUGCUCCUUUCAAAGGUUACACGAGCAGUCAUUUAUGGCGAAGUUGGAUUCUAUGCUGUUAAAUAUUUUCUGAACAAUAAAAUAUUAAUAUAUCAA